UUUCUUCCACCACAUCAAUAUCCCUCAUUUCUCACUCCGGAGAAAGCAUCGGAUUUUCCUUUUUCUUCAAACUGUGGCAUCGAGCCCUGAUUAGAACUCCGGAAAUGCUAGUUCCGCUUGCCAGAGGAGUGGGUUGGGGCAAAGUUUAGCAUUCGUUUCAAUAACAACAUUGAUAAUUAUAAAAGGGCCUUGCUCCAGAUGAAAGAACAGUGUUUGAAAUGGAAUGAAAGGGCAGAGAGUUUUGUUUUUCAAUAAGUUCCACUAACGAUCACCGAAAUGUCAGCGGCUACAACCACUACCAUAACAGAACAACUAUCUAAUCCAGAAAGGGAGACCGUCAAAAUUGUCAAUGACGCUCCUAUUGAUGAACAAAUUGAGGAAUUGAUCCGGAAUAACAACCAGAUUAACAUCACUAGAACUAGGCACAAAAAGAUUGCUCUCCAGCCUGGCAUAGAUAAGUCAGGGCUAGCAAUUUUGCCAGAAAGCACAAGAAAAAGAUUAGAGGACGAUGAUAUUGACAUUGCAAAGGGGUAUCCAGAGGUACCAGAAAGAAACAAGAUUCCUAUUUUUGUUGACCAGGCACAUGCUAUUAGAGACUACGAUGUCCCAUUCGUUGACAGGGGCAAGGGAGCAGAUCCAGAGAAAAAGGCCUUGUUUGGUGCAGCCAAGGAGGUUAUCAAUUUGACCAAGAACGUCGGUACCGAAAUUGUUGGCUUACAGCUGGAGGAUUUGACAAACCAACAAAAAGAUGAGUUGGCCUUGUUGAUUGCGGAAAGAGUUGUUGUUUUCUUCAGAGACCAAAAGCUCUCUCCAACUGCGCAGCACAAGCUUGGAGACUAUUACGGCAACAUAGAAGUCCAUGCACAAACUCCUCAGGUCCCUGGUCUACCUGGAACGACCGUGAUCUGGAACGAUUAUCAGGUUUCGCAGGGAAUGGCGUUGAACUUUAGUAACAGCAACUUGGGGAACUGGGACUCCACUAAGUAUCUUUCUGUCGGCAACCAAGGUUGGCACACAGACUUGGUUCAUGAGAGACAGCCUACAGGGUACACACACUUGCACUUGGAUGCCAUUCCAGAAGUUGGCGGCGACACCAUUUGGUCGUCUGGCUACGGAGCUUACGACAAAUUGAGCGACGAGUUUAAGAAAUUCUUAGACGGCAAGGAAGCAGUAUACGUUUCUGCACACCAGUACUUGGAUAGGGAUGAUCCAUUUGGUGGUCCGAAAAGAAUUGAAAGAGUCCACCCGCUUGUCAGAACUCAUCCCGCUACCGGUUGGAAGUUCUUGUAUGUCAACAGAGGCAUGACAAAGAGAAUUCUUGGUGUGUCGCCUGUCGAAAGCGAUUUGAUCCUCAACUAUUUGUUUGACGUGUACGAGAAGAAUGCAGAUCUCCAGGUGAGAUUCAAGUGGACUAACACCAAGCAAGGCUACGGUACUUCUGCCAUUUGGGACAACAGAGUCUCCCAACAUAGAAACGUCUGGGAUCACGAGGGGGCGGAGCCUAGACACGGCACCAGAGUUACUUCAUUAGCAGAGAAACCAUUUUUUGAUCCGGAAUCAAAAUCUCAAAGAGAAUCCCUUGGGUUGUACCUGCACCAGUGGGAAUGAUUACUGGCAUUACUCUGUUUCCUCUCUUUGGCUUAGUUCAGUUUAACUUUAUUUUACUAUAUUUAUCUUAUUAUUGCGUAUUUAUUAAUGAAUGGUAUGGAAAAAGACACGAGAAUGAAAAAUUUAUCUGCUUUGGUUUCCAACGGUAAAGGAUUCAAACUAGGCUUAGCGGUAGCAAUACCGGAUACGUUACAUCACAUCCCUUGCCAUCUCUUUCCUCAAUAUACCGGGCCGCCACAAAUCUCAACUGGCGCUUAUCGUCUCCGAAUUUCCCAUUCAAGUUUUUUUAUCCCCGCCACAACUCUUUACCGGCCUUCAAUGCAAGCUCUGCCAAUCAGCUGUGUUGCCAGUUGCUCGGUGCCUGGGGCCCUAAGAUAACAACAGUUUCUUGGUACUAUCUGACGGCAUUGAUGCCAGUGGCCACAUAAGUACCUACUGCGGCAUUUACAACGAGAC